AUGUUGGCAUGGCAGGAUGGCGGGGCCAAGGCGGCCCCUUCUCACCACAAGAUCUCAUUCUCUGUCCUGGACAUCUUGGAUCCACAAAAAUUCACGCGAGCUGCGCUCCCGCCGGUGCGUCUAGCUGCCCCGGAAGCCAAGAAAAGUUUAGCGGAGGUGGAAGCAGGGGAGGACGCCAGCCCCGAGUCUACGAUCGGGUCUCAGGAGACCCCUGAUGCCGAGGGCCGAGGCACUGGCCUCGCGUCCCCCCUGGAAGGCUCCGAAGCGGAAGAGGAGGAGGAAGCAGAGGAUGCGGGGGGCGCGCAGCGGCCGGAGCGGCUGGAGCGCUGGCACCGGGUUCACGAGGGCUCUCCAGAGGCCCGGAUGGUGGCCGCGGGAGCGGGGGAGAGCGGUGUGGACCGGCUCCCAGCGUCCCCCGGCUCCCCCGGCUCUCCGCGGCCGCGGCGCCGGCGAUCCGAGCCUAGCUGUGCCAAGCCACGGCGCGCGCGCACCGCCUUCACCUAUGAGCAGCUGGUGGCCCUGGAGAACAAGUUCCGAGCCACGCGCUACCUGUCCGUGUGCGAACGCCUGAACCUGGCGCUGUCGCUCAGCCUCACCGAGACGCAGGUCAAAAUCUGGUUCCAGAACCGCAGGACCAAAUGGAAGAAGCAGAACCCGGGGGCCGACGGCACGGUGCAGGCAGGAUGUAGUACGCCGCAGCCUGGGACACCGGGCGCCGUGGCGGGAGCCUGUGGCAGCGGCACCGGGAGCAGUCCUGGCCCACCGGUUCCGGGCGCUCUGCCUUUCCAGACUUUCCCCACCUAUCCCGCGACCAACGUCCUCUUUCCCUCCUCCUCCUUCCCCCUGACGACAGCCGCCACAGGGAGUCCCUUCACUCCUUUUCUUGGGCCCUCCUAUUUGACCCCUUUCUAUGUCCCACACCUAUAAACCCGGUACUCCAGCCGAGUUGGGAUUCGCGAGUGACCAGUAUGGUGGUGUGGACCCCUGCUUCACAGAGGGGCACUGACCGCCCCCUCCUGGUGUGCUGGUGUCUGUGUGCCCCUUCUCUCCAGCUGCUGGUGACGCCACCAGAGGGCGAGGAGAAGCCACCUGCUGGACUCCAUACAGGCCACUAAGGGGUCCAGAAAGUAUCCAGACCAAGCUGACUCAAAAUCUUCCAGCUUCUGGACUUCGCUCUUCACUUUCAUUC